AUGCUCUCUCGCAUUUUCGGCACGCAUUUGCGCAGCAGCGCCGCAUCGUCAGCGCUCCGCUUUGGCAGGUUGAGCCCCUGUGGGCUUCGAGGUAGCCUGGCAGGUAGCAACAGUGGCAGCGGCAGCAGUAGCAGUGACAUCCAAAGCGUCGUGGCGGCCUCCCCCUUCCUUGUGAACUCGAAGCGGUUCAUUCAGUUUGAGCAGUCGAGUGACACACUGCUCGGCGUCAACAAGAACAAGCGUUCGAUGCACCACCGAUGGGUGACCAAGAGUACGAAGGAGUACAUGAGCGAGGCUGACUCGAAGGUCUCCAAGGGGAACAGCCUCCUCUUUAGUGCGCGCGAGCAUCGACGGGGAGGCAUGGAAAGGAAGCGGGAGCGUUUGCGCGAGGUGACAGAGGAGUCGGACCGCACCUUCGAGCUGGAGCUGGACCGGAUGCGGGAAGACAAGGAGCGGCGGUGGAAGAAGGGCUUCAACUUCUUUAAGCGACAGGGGAAGGCAUUCACACUCCUCUACCUUGUUGCUUACGUCGCACCCUUGACGGUGCUCUACGUUGGCUUCGCCAGCGGGCUGCUUCCGAAAGAUGCCGCCUUUGAGUUUCUCUUCUUCUUUUUGCAGAGCUUCAUGGAUCGCGACAUGUUUUUCGAGCGGAUUGAGGCGUGGGACACGUACACCAACUUCGGCUUUGCCUUUGUUGUGAACGAAACGCUGGAGUUCCUGCGCUUUCCGCUGGUGAUGUUCUUUUUUUACCAGACCCGCCCGUACCUGACCGGGGUGAACCAUCGUGUAAAGGCGUCUAUCUUUCGCUUCAACGCGGCAGAGUCGUAA